AUGGAUGGGUACUUGGAGGCCAUACUUUCAACUGGGGCCUCAAACAUUGAAGAGCAAAAGCCAGCACUUGUGACUCUAAGAGAUGGGGGGCAUUUCAAUCCCACAAAGUACUUUGUGGAAGAGGUGGUGACAAGUGUUGAUGAGUCUGAUUUGUACCGCACGUGGAUCAAGGUGGUUGCCACCAGGAACACCAGGGAGAGAAGUUCAAGGUUGGAGAACAUGUGCUGGCGCAUUUGGAACCUUGCCCGCAAGAAGAAACAGUUCGAAUGGGAGGAAGUCCAGAGGGCAGCACACCGAAGAUGGGAGAGAGAACAAGGACACAGAGAAGCAACAGAGGAAAUGUCUGAAGACUUGUCAGAAGGAGAGAAAGGUGAUAGUGUUGGGGAGAUUGCGCAAAGUGAGACCCCAAAGAAAAAAUUUCAGCGUCAGAUUUCUAACUUAGAAGUAUGGUCUGAUGACAAGAAGGAAAAGAGGCUAUAUGUUGUCCUCAUAAGAGAUGGGGGGCAUUUCAAUCCCACAAAGUACUUUGUGGAAGAGGUGGUGACAAGUGUUGAUGAGUCUGAUUUGUACCGCACGUGGAUCAAGGUGGUUGCCACCAGGAACACCAGGGAGAGAAGUUCAAGGUUGGAGAACAUGUGCUGGCGCAUUUGGAACCUUGCCCGCAAGAAGAAACAGCUACCAUUAUCCCUCAACAUUAACACUGAACGUUGGGUCCCUCCAUCAGUUACCCAGGAUGCCCCUAAAACCAUCACCAGCUCCCAGUCUACCCGACAUACAUUGCUACAAAUUAUACCAAGUGCCACCAUUCCUAAUCAUCACCAUCCGACCAGGCCUGUUACUCGUAGGCUCUUGACCCGAGUAAGCAGAGGCCUAUAUUUAGCUGCCAUUGAGUGA